CACCCACUUCCCAGCUUUUUUUUUAUCUCGUGCUCGUCUGAACCGACUUUUUCCAUUCGAUUCUUCCUCCCCUUUUCGCACUCUAAAUCAACCAGAAUCGCAGCAGACAAGCUGUGAGGGAUAUUUCGAAAUACCUUGGCAGUAGUGCCUAGUUUCGUAAACAAACCACCACGCCCAAACCGCCCCGACCGUCCUCGCACGAGCGUUUCUUCUUUAUUUUCUCUUCCUUCCUUGACUCUAUUUAUUUCCAGUUCAUCUCCAGAGCCCACACGUAACCACUGCAUAUAUUUCCUCCCAACAACAGGCGCAUAUUUCCUAAUUAUUUAUUAUCUGCGCAACAGUAUAUGAAGCAACCCCCACACAACAGCUAGCGGCUGCAUUUUCCAUCAACAACCAAACAGAAAAGAAAAAACACGCUUUUUCUAUCAUUCCAGUCAUGACCCGCAGGCGGACAUGCUCGGCGACAGGUUACAGGCAAAGCCACGCGCAGCCGAGAGCUGCACCCGCACAUCUGCGCCCCUCGACCGCCGCCAGCUCUCUGUACGCCUCGCUGGACUCCGCCACUGGAUUGAUCCUGGCAUCCACGCCCAAGGCGCUUACCAACCCGUCCCGCCCGCUGUCAAGUAUCUCGCUGGUCCCGCUGCGUAAGCACCGGAGCGCCCCUUCGCCAAUCAUGCCCGCAGCACCCACAGCACCUACAGCACCUACAGCACCUACAGCACCUACAGCACCUACAGCACCUACAGCACCUACAGCGCGUCCCGUGCGGAAGCGGGCAGUGACGGGCUCGCGCGAUAAGCACUGGGAGAUUUCGCAUCCGGUGGGGCAAAAACCCCCAUCAUCAGCGGGGUCGUCGGUGGCAACACGCCAUACUUUGCCACUCGACCACCCAAUGUACCGGAGCAUGGCAAAGCGCGGCAGCAUUUUCUACCGGCCGCCGCGCAAGCAGCCAGUCCAGCCGCCGCCGAUGGCUGAGCACGAGGCAGUGACUUUGCCGACAGACGACGAGACGCGGCGGUGCUCAUGCGUAUCAGCCGACUCUGACGUGCUUUUUGACGACGCGUGUAGCAUUGCCGCGGGCUUUUGUGCUGGUGACGCGGCUGAUGACGCCGCAGUGGCAGCCCCAUCAAUCGAGUACUGCAAAGAGCUGCCGUACUGGAGCUGCCAUUGGACGCCAGACACUGGCGAGUUCCUGUACACCUCCAUGCCAGCCGACGAGGAGCGCCCAUGCACGCAGCCAGCCGAGAAGGACUACUUCCCGCCUGAGGAGCAGUUCUACCGGGCGACGCCAGCCAUCGUCGAUAGUAUUGUCGAGGAGCUGAGCCUGAUUUUCGCUAUCACGCAAAGUCACAGCGAUGUGCCGCUGGACCGCCGCCUACCGGACCUGCACACCUUUAUCUGGCAGGCAGUAGAUGCCAUGGACGUCGACAUGUGGACUGUAAUACCAUGUCUGUUGCUGGUGCGCCGCUUCAAGCAAGUGCACGGUUACGACAACCCGGGCCACUACGACUCAGCACAUAUUCUGUUCCUCGGAGUGUUUAUGCUUGCAACGGCAGUGUCUUUGAAGAAGAACGAUGUGGAGAACUUUUCCGUGCAGCGCAUGUCGCAGCUGAUCAAGACACCGUACACAACUACUGAUUUCGUGCGGUUCCGGCGCAAUGCGUGCGAAUCUUUGGGCUAUAACAUCUGGGUGUGCCGUGCGGACAUCCAAAAGUUCGGUGAGGACAACCUGCACGACAUCUAUCAGUUGCCUGUGGCGCACAGGUACUUUUUGGAGCGCCAGCAGGCGCGCCAGCGCGCAGAGGAGCAGGAGCGCCUGCGGCUUGAACAGCAAAACAAGAUCAAGUCGAACCUCGAGCGCUUCAUGUACCGCACCCCGCACGACUCCUUGGGGAGCUGGAAUUCCAAGACCAUGUAUUCGACCGAAAAGCGCUUUUGGUUCAGGCACCUGCCGUGGUUCCCAGGCGCCGUCACGCCUAUCUGUAUUACUGCCCACGACGAGAUUGCCAAAAAUUAUACCCGCGAUGGCCAGAUCGUCACCGUGCCGUUCCUGAAAACCCGCACUGCCGCCCACAUCUAUUAGCACCACCAACCCCUCAUUUUGUAACUCUGCCAUCACCAUCUGUACCUAAUAUUCCCACUCCUCUUUCCUUACUGAUAAACCCCUAGCCACUUUUAUUGUUGUACAUGUAGAAAC